CAUUUCUCAGGGUGACGCUCCCCAGGCCCCCUGCCCCCCACCCCGGCAUCAUGCAUCGGACCACACGGAUCAAAAUCACAGAGCUGAACCCUCACCUCAUGUGUGCCCUCUGCGGGGGGUACUUCAUCGACGCCACUACCAUCGUGGAGUGCUUGCAUUCUGUGAUCUGCAAAACCUGCAUCGUGCGCUACCUGGAGACCAACAAGUACUGCCCCAUGUGUGAUGUGCAGGUCCACAAAACCAGGCCGCUGCUGAGCAUCAGAUCUGACAAAACCCUGCAAGACAUCGUCUAACUGGUCCCUGGGCUUUUUAAAGAUGAGAUGAAACGACGGCGGGAUUUCUAUGCAGCGUACCCCCUGACUGAAGUCCCCAACGGCUCCAAUGAGGACCGCGGCGAGGUCCUGGAGCAGGAGAAGGGAGCUCUGAGCGACAACGAGAUUGUCAGCCUCUCCAUCGAGUUCUAUGAAGGUGUCAGGGACCGGGAGGAAAAGAAAGGUCCUCUGGAGAAUGGGAUGGGGACAAGGAGAAGGGUGCGGUUCCUGCAAUGCCCAGCAGCCAUGACCGUCAUGCAUCUCGCCAAGUUUCUUCGCAACAAGAUGGAUGUGCCCAGCAAAUACAAGGUGGAGGUUCUAUACGAGGACGAGCCACUGAAGGAGUACUACACUCUCAUGGAUAUAGCCUACAUCUAUCCCUGGCGGCGGAAUGGCCCUCUCCCCCUCAAGUAUCGGGUCCAGCCGGCCUGCAAGCGGCUCACCUUGCCCACAGCACCCACCCCCUCGGAGGGCACCAACACCAGCGGGGCAUCUGAGUGUGAGUCAGUCAGCGACAAGGCUCCCAGCCCUGCCACCCUGCCAGCCACCUCCUCCUCCCUUCCCAGCCCAGCCACCCCCUGCCAUGGCUCUCCCAGCUCCCACGGGCCCCCAGCUACCCACCCUACCUCUCCUACUCCCCCUGCGACAGCCAGUGGGGCCACCACAGCUGCCAACGGGGGUACCUCGAACUGCCUGCAGACACCAUCUUCCACCAGCAGGGGGCGCAAGAUGACUGUCAACGGAGCUCCUGUGCCCCCCUUAACUUGAGGAAAGGGACCCUCUCCCUCCUUUUCCAGCCAUGCCUCUCCACCCCUCCACUUUUUCUGGGCCCCUUUUCCACCUCUUCUACUUGCCCGAGCUCCUCCCGCCUUAGGGGUGGGGGGCGGGUUUUAUAAAUAAUCUAUAUAUAUAUGUACAUAGGAAAAACCAACAUAUACAUACUAUUUUCUAUGGACCAACCAGAUUAAUUUAAAUGCCACAGGAAACAAACUUUAUGUGUGUGUGUAUGUGUGGGGGGUGGAGUGUUCAUUUUUAGGGGGUCUUGUGUAAUUUGCCCUGUUCUUAUUUUGGGGGUGUCUGGCGAUGGACCCGAAGGGCCACUUGAGGCUCAGUAAAGCUCUACUCCAUCCUCCUGUUUCCCAAGGCAGAUGGGGUGUUGGGGGAGCCCCACCAGCCCCCAAAGCUUUAGGCACAACUCCAGCCGGCUGUGAAUGGGGUCUACCCUCUCUCUUUCCCCAUUUUGGCUGCUGUCCGGCCCCACCAGCACCCCCCCCCCCCAUUGUUGAAUGUCCAGAGACUUGCUAAGACAGUGCCUUUUACAAAUGCAGUCUAUCCCCUGGUUCUGAGGAGUGAGUGGGUGGUGAAGAUGGCAUCUCCCUUACCUCCUCCUCUUGCAGUGGAAACUUUGUGCAAAGAAUAGAUAGUUCUGCCAUUUUCUUUUUUUUCCUGUGUGUGUGGCCUUUGCAUCGUUAUCUCGUGGAAGAGAAGAUUCGGGCCACGGGAGGCCUCAGCCCUUGAAAUUCCACUGUGGCUUUAGCAAUGUGAACUGCUUCACCCCGUUCUGCCCCUGCCCCCCACCCCACCCCGAAACUCUGACUAGCAAGGCUGGGAGGAAAGUCCCAUCUGGGGGCCUGGAGUGCCGUGGAGAGGCGGAGUGGGGCUAACCUCAGACAAGCACAGACCCCAGAUUGUGCCAAAGGCCAGCAGCCCUCCAGUCCCCUCCCCACCCCCAGCUGAGGCAGAGUCAAGAAAGAGCGACAGAGGCAUCUAAAAGCACAAGAAGACAGAAGCCUGUAGGCUCUGACCUCUGCUCCGUCCCGCGAGGUCAGUGGACUGCCCCCUGAAGGGCAGACCCCACCAGAUUCCUGCCCACCUGUUUUCCCUCCAGUGUACAUAGCUCAGAUCGGGGAGGAGGUGAGGAGGCUAGACUUCCUUGCAACCUAGGUGUUUGGGGUUGGGAGCCCCCCCCAUCAGGUUCGUCUGUGUUUGCACCUUGUCCUGUGUCUGAGGUGCUGUGACUGUACCCUCCUGCCCUGGGACAUUUGUAUCUCCUGGCUUUGUAAUAAAUGCUGCAUACUCUC